GGCAGCAUAAUGUACUGAAACUUCCGCUAUUCACGGUAUCCGAAAAAAGGCCGGACCUGAAGGUCUGUUCUAACCAGUCUUGCAUUUGAUUUCAAUUUUCAGCGCAGUUGAAGAAGCAACGUUGCUUGCUAUCGUCCGCUUCUCUGAAAUCAGUCUUCUCCUUUCGUCUAUAUGUAUUUUCUUCCACUUUUUUCACCUUACUUUCCCAAAACUUAAAUAAUAAAAAGAAGAGCAAAUACAGUUAACUUCGACAAUACUCUAAGCACUGUAAGCUUAAACCUUCAAAUUUUGGCCUUUUCCAAUGGAGGCAGCCAACGAUCCUGAGCAGCUAAUUAUCUCAUCCAUUGACAAGGGUGAAAAUUCGUCCAGUGAGAUCAACAUCGCCCGAGAGCCUCUUCUAAAAAUAGAGCAUCAUGCUGAGAAUUACUCAAUACUCUCCGCAGUACUCCCUUUUCUGUUCCCCGCCUUUGGAGGACUGCUUUAUGGUUAUGAUAUUGGAGCCACAUCCUCCGCUACAGUUUCCAUAGAGUCGGCUACAUUGAGUGGCAUUUCUUGGUAUGAUUUGUCUUCUGUGCAAACUGGUCUCAUAACUAGUGGCUCACUGUAUGGUGCUUUAAUUGGAUCUGCUGUUGCUUUCAAAAUUGCUGACUGGCUUGGGAGAAGAAGGGAGUUGAUUGUGUCUUCUUUGUUCUACUUUCUUGGAGCUCUGGUAACAGCAUUUGCCCCUGUCUAUGUUAUUCUGGUAAUUGGGCGCUUGCUGUUUGGUGUAGGAAUUGGACUGGCAAUGCAUGCUGCUCCCAUGUACAUUGCUGAGACGGCUCCUAGCCAGAUACGAGGACAAAUGAUUUCUCUUAAAGAGUUCUUCAUAGUUUUUGGGAUGCUAGUUGGAUAUACAGUUGGAAGCCUUCUGAUAGAAACUGUUGCUGGUUGGCGAUAUAUGUAUGGAGUUAGUGCCCCUUUAGCAGUGAUUAUGGGAAUUGGAAUGUGGUGGCUUCCUUCAUCACCCAGGUGGAUUCUUCUAUGUGCUAUACAGGGGAAGGGUGAGUUGCAGGGUUUAAGAGAAAAAGCCAUAUGUUGCUUGUGCCAGCUUAGGGGAGCUGCAAUUGGUGAUUCAGCAUCUAGUCAAGUAGAUGACAUUCUGUCUGAGCUUUCACAACUAAGCGAAGAAAAAGAGGCGACAAUAGGUGAGAUGUUGCAAGGAAAAUGCUUGAAAGCCCUAACAGUUGGUGCUGGACUAAUCUUGUUUCAACAGAUAACUGGGCAACCAAGUGUCUUGUAUUAUGCUGCAAAAAUUUUUCAGGAUGCGGGAUUUUCGGCUGCAGCUGAUGCUACAAGAGCUUCGGUUUUCCUUGCAUUGUUGAAGCUCAUUAUGACUGCUGUAGCAGUGGUAGUUGUUGAUAAGCUUGGGAGGAGGCCGCUUCUUCUUGGAGGUGUGUCUGGGAUUACAAUGUCACUUUUCCUGCUGGGAUCAUAUUACACUUUCCUUGGUGAUGUUCCAGCUUUGGCUGUUACCGCUCUGCUACUAUAUGUCGGCUGUUACCAGUUAUCGUUUGGUCCUAUUGGUUGGUUGAUGAUCUCAGAGAUCUUUCCCUUGCGCGUUAGAGGGCGAGGGUUGAGUAUUACAGUUCUUGUGAAUUUCGGUGCAAAUGCACUAGUGGCAUUUGCAUUUUCUCCUCUUCAGGACUUACUGGGCGCCGGAACUGUAUUUUUCAUCUUUGGUGGCAUAGCUGUUUUGUCUCUUGUAUUCAUCUUCUUCAUCAUACCAGAGACAAAAGGGCUCACUCUGGAAGAGAUUGAGGCCAAAUAUCUCUAGAACUCACAUGUUACUUCCCCUCCAUCUCUCGGGCAAUAGGAAGUAUGCCUACAUUUUAUUUACGUGAAUUUGUCCCCAUGUCAUGUCAGAAUACUUGAGGCAAUCAAGUUGUGUUCUGCAACUGUUCUCUCGUAACAUCAGUAUGCGAAAUGGAGGACUGGUGAUUAGCCGAGUUGUGUAAUGGUGUAUUAUACCAUGAAUGUGUAUUAUGUCAUCAACAGUGGGUCACUACUUUGUGCAAAAGGAAAAACAUGGAAAUAAUAGUGUUCCAGUUCGUUGUUUAACUUGAUUCCUCCUAUUGGGAGACUAUUUUGGCACAGUAUAUCUUCUCGAAUGCCAGAGAUUUCACGUA